UGAACGGUGUGCCGUGGUCCAGUGAAGGUCCCAGGAGGAACAGUCACACGUUUAACUGUCGUAUGCUGGUCAACCCUCACGUUGACAACCAGGACGAGACCAGCGACCAUGAGGGACAGAAAUAUGAGACCAUGCAGUGUUUCUCCGUCUCCGAACCCAAGAGCAUCAAGGAGGAGGCAGAAGGUAUGGAGGAAAGGAGGGAGGAGGAGUAGGGAGGAAGGGGGGAUGGAGGAGGGGAGGAAGGUAAAGGGGAAACCUAGUGAGUUGUACAACUGAAUGCAUUCAACUGAAAUGUGUCUUCCGCAUUUAACCAAACCCCUCUGAAUCAGAGAGGUGCGGGGGGGGGCUGCCUUAAUUAACAUCCACGUCAUUGAUGCCCGGGGAGCAGUUGUCGUUGGGGGUUAACUGCCUUGCUCAAGGGCAGAACGGCAGAUUUUUCCACCUUGCUGGCUCGAAGAUUCAAACCAGUUAACCAGGAUGGGGGCAGGACGGGGACAGGAAGGGGGCAGGACGGGGACAGGAAGGGGACAGGACGGGGACAGGAAGGGGACAGGAUGGGGGCAGGACGGGGACAGGAAGGGGACAGGAAGGGGACAGGAUGGGGGCAGGACGGGGACAGGAAGGGGACAGGAAGGGGACAGGGGGAGCAUGUAGCUGACUAGUGGUGGCUGUUCAGCAGCCUGACGGUCUGGGAGUAUAAGCUCUUGGUCAGUCGUCCAGUUUUUGCCAGAGUCCAUGCACCGAUACUGCCUGGCGUCUUAGUGAUGGAAGCGGGCAGAACGGGCCAUGGCUCGGGUGGCUGGGGUCCCUGAUUAUCUUCUUGGCCUUCCUGCGACACCUGGUGUUGUAGGUGUCCUGGAGGGCUGGCAGUGUGCAUCCAAUGGUGCGUUCGGCUGAGCGUACCACCCUCUGUAGUGCCUUGCGGUCCUCGGCGGUGGAGUUGCCGUACCAGGCUGUGAUGCAGCCCGACAGUAUGCUCUCGAUGGUGCUCCUGUAGAACAGUUUAAGGGCCCUCUGGGAAAAGGCUGUGGAUUCUGUGAGGGCCCUAAUGAUCCUAUUUGGACCAGAAUGAGGCUCUCCCACUACCUGUUGUUCCUGCAGUGAUGAGUCACCAUCUUCAUCGAAUGUUUUCAGAAUUUAUCUGCAGAUAAUCGCAAAAAAAAAAAAACUAGACCUACCAGUAGCCUAUGCAAAUGAAGGAGCCAAUUGAACAGCUCUCUCACCGAUGCGAUUUGAUAGGCUACACUGACUAGACGAGAGUCACUCACUUUGGCGUCGCUGUCUGGCAAGCCCCGACAUCUUAGGAAAGGAAACCCAGGAAAUCCUUUUUGUUUACUUGUCCCGAUGCGAUACCAUGGACACAUAACCACGUUGCGUGAGUUAUGAACGGCAAAGUGAUAUAGCGGAUCGACUUUAUUUAGUCAGUUAGACCCCUUUUAUAAACUAGUCAACACUUGCUGUUCAGUUGUCAAUCAACGCACAGUGAAUAGCCCACUGUGCGCCGCGACUCCGAGUGGCUGGCUAUGUGAAACGCACAAGAAAAUAAAUGACUGUGUGAGAAAACAAAAAUUAGGGCUAAAUCGUGGAUUUAGACUCGUCGUUACCACUUACAUUACAUGGGACGUGGAAAUUCACACGCAUCAUGAUCCCUCCCUCCUCCGUGUAAAGAAUCUGUAUAUAAUGAAGAGAUGCUCAUGUCUCCGCCCUAACAAUGGGAGUCGUUGUCCCAAAGGUGGGAAGGCGGGCGACAAGCUUAGGUGCAAAAAAAAAAAGGACCAUGGAAACGCAUUGGGCUUAUUUUGGACAGAUUUGGACGAGAGUGAAAGCUCUCGCUUCGCCUCUUCCUCUCUGCUGCGUUUCCUUGUCAUCGCUCGUUUUGUGACUGACAGGCACCUGUCCUAUCAAUAGAUCGCUGUAAGAUACAUAUUGUUUAUUCUCCACCCACUAGCGAAUUGAAACUUUUAAAUGAGCAGUAGCUUAGUUAAUAUGACGGAAAAUGUAGCCGGCUGAGAAUGAGCUGAUUAGCAGACAGCCGGCACUAAUGGAAAACACUGUUUUACACCCCAGCCGCGAGAAAUGAUUGUUGUUGAAACGCUUGUUGGCUCGCAACAUCUGUGGAGAAUGCAGGAGGUUUCAAACACAGAGGGAGAGAGAAAGCAGGAGGUUUCAAACACAGAGGGAGAGAGAAAGCAGGAGGUUUCAAACACAGAGGGAGAGAGAAAGGAGGGAUGAAAAGGAAGAUGGAUUGAAGCUUUCUCUCUCCCUCGUUCAGGGUCACUGAGAGUUCACCAGGCUGUGUGUUCUUAGCCCUGACUACUGAGAGUCACAGGCGGUGUUUUAGCCCUGACUACUGAGAGUUCAACAGGCUGUGUGUUCUUAGCCCCGACUACUGAGAGUUCAAAAGGCUGGUGUUCUUAGCCCUGAUACUGAGAGUUUAACGGCUGUGUGUUCUUAGCCCUGACUACUGAGAGUUCAACAGGCUGUGUGUUCUUAGCCCUGACUACUGAGAGUUAACAGGCUGGUGUUCUUUGCCCUGAAUACUGAGAGUUCAACAGGCUGGUGUGUUCUUAGCCCCCGGGCUACUGAGAGUCAACAGGCUGUGUGUUCUUAGCCUGAAAUACUGAGAGUUCAACAGGAGGGUGUCGUUAGGGCCCGAUACUGAGAGUUCAACAGGCGUGUAUUCUUAGCCCUGACUAAUGAGAGUUCAAACAGGCGGUGUUCUUAGCCCUGACUACUGAGAGUCAACAGGCUGGUGUCGUUUGCCCUGACUAUGAGAGUUCAACAGGCUGUGUGUUUUUUAGCCCUGACGACUGAGAGUUCAACAGGCUGUGUGUUCUUAGCCCUGACUACUGAGAGUUCAACAGGCGGUUUUGUUCUUAGCCCUGACUACUGAGAGUUCAAUAGGCUGUGUGUUCUUUGCCCGACUACUGAGAGUUUAACAGGCUGUGUGUUCUUAGCCCUGACUACUGAUAGGUCAACAGGCUGUGUGUUCUUACCCUGAUACUAGAGUUCAAAAGGCUGUGUGCGUUUGCCCUGACUAUGAGAGUUCAAAAGGCUGGUGUUCUUGCCCUGACUACUGAGAGUUCAAAAGGCUGUGUGUCGUUAGCCCUGAUACGAGAGUUCAAAAGGCGUGUGUCGUUAGCCCUGACUACUGAGGUUCAAAAGGCUGGUGUUCUUAGCCCGACUACUGAGAGUUCAACAGGCUGUUUUGUUCUUAGCCCCGACUACUGAGAGUUCAACAGGCUGUGUGUUCUUAGCCCUGACUACGAGAGUUCAACAGGUGUGUGUUCUUAGCUGACUAUGAGGAGUUCAAACAGGGCUGUGUGUUCUUAGCCCUGACUACUGAGAGUUCAACAGGCUGUGUGUUCUUAGCCCUGACUACUGAGAGUUCAACAGGCUGUGUGUCGUUAGCCCUGACUACUGAGAGUUCAACAGGCUGUGUGUUCUUAGCCCUGACUACUGAGAGUUCAACAGGCUGUGUGUCGUUAGCCCUGACUACUGAGAGUUCAAAAGGCUGUGUGUUCUUAGCCCUGACUACUGAUAGUUCAACAGGCUGUGUGUUCUUAGCCCUGACUACUGAGAGUUCAAAAGGCUGUGUGUCGUUAGCCCUGACUACUGAGAGUUCAAAAAGGCGGGUGUGUAUUAGCCCUGACUACUGAGAGUUCAACAGGAUGUUCAACACGUGUGUCUUAGCCUGACUACUGAGAGUUAAACAGGCUGUGUGUUCUAGCCCUGACUACUGAAGUUCAACAGGCUGUGUGUUCUUAGCCAUGAGAUACUGACUGAGAGUUCACAGGCUGUGUGUUAGCCCUACUAUGAAGUUCAACAGGCUGUGUUCUUAGCACUACUGAAGUUCAACAGGCGUGUGUGUUCUUAGCCAUGACUACUGAGAGUUCAACAGGCUGUGUGUUCUUAGCCCUUGGACUACUGAGAGUUCAAAAGGCUGUGGUGUCUUAGCCCUGACUCAACUGAGGAGUCAAAAGGCGUGUGUCUUAGCCUGACUACUGAGAGUUCAACAGGCUGUGUGUUCUUAGCCCUGACUAUGAGAGUUCAACAGGCUGUGUGUUUCUUAGCCUGACUACUGAGAGUUCAACAGGAUGUGUGUUCUUAGCCCUGACUCUGAAGAGUUCAACAGGCGGUGUGUUUCUUUAGCCCUCUGACUACUGAGAGUUCAACAGGGCGGUGUUGUUCUUAGCACCUGACUACUGAGAGUUCAACAGGCUGUGUUGUUCUUAGCCCUGACUACUGAUAGUUCAACAGGCUGUGUGUUCUUACCCCGGAUACUGAGAGUUCAAAAGGCUGUGUGUCGUUAGCCCUGACUACUGAGAGUUCAAAAGGCUGUGUGUUCUUAGCCCUGACUACUGAGAGUUCAAAAGGCUGUGUGUCGUUAGCCCUGACUACUGAGAGUUCAACAGGCUGUGUGUUCUUAGCCCUGACUACUGAGAGUCCCAUAGACACACACACCCCUCAAAGGUCCAUCAUGUCCCCUGCUACAUCCUGUUAUACUGUCAUCAUGUCCCCUGCUCCUCUGUUAUACUGUCAUCAUGUCCCCUGCUACAUCUUUUAUACUGUCAUCAUGUCCCCUGCUCCCCCUGUUGUACUGUCAUCAUGUCCCUGCUACCUCCUGUUAUACUGUCAUCAUGUCCCCUGCUUCCUCCUGUUGUACUGUCAUCAUGUCCCCUGCUACAUCCUGUUGUACUGUCAUCAUGUCCCCUGCUACCUCCUGGUAUACUGUCAUCAUGUCCCCUGCUACCUCCUGGUAUACUGUCAUCAUGUCCCCUGUUACAUCCUGUUAUACUGUCAUCAUGUCCCCUGCUUCCUCCUGUUGUUCUGUCAUCAUGUCCCCUGCUACAUCCUGUUAUACUGUCAUCAUGUCCCCUGCUACAUCCUGUUAUACUGUCAUCAUGUCCCCUGCUACCUCCUGUUAUACUGUCAUCAUGUCCCCUGCUACAUCCUGUUGUACUGUCAUCAUGUCCCCUGCUACAUCCUGUUAUACUGUCCUCAUGUCCCUGCUACUCCUGUUAUACUGUCAUCAUGUCCCCUGCAACCUCCUGUUAUACUGUCAUCAUGUCCCCUGCAACCUCCUGUUAUACUGUCAUCAUGUCCCCUGCUACCUCCUGUUAUCCUGUCAUCAUGUCCCCUGCUACAUCCUGUUGUACUGUCAUCAUGUCCCCUGCUACCUCCUGUUAUUCUGUCAUCAUGUCCCCUGCUACAUCCUGUUGUACUGUCAUCAUGUCCCCUGCUACAUCCUGUUGUACUGUCAUCAUGUCCCCUGCUCCUCCUGUUAUACUGUCAUCAUGUCCCCUGCUACAUCUGUUAUACUGUCAUCAUGUCCCCUGCAACCUCUGUUAUACUGUCAUCAUGUCCCCUGCUACCUCCUGUUAUACUGUCAUCAUGUCCCCUGCUACAUCCUGUUGUACUGUCAUCAUGUCCCCUGCUACAUCCUGUUGUACUGUCAUCAUGUCCCCUGCUUCCUCCUGUUAUACUGUCAUCAUGUCCCCUGUUACAUCCUGUUGUACUGUCAUCAUGUCCCCUGUUACAUCCUGUUGUACUGUCAUCAUGUCCCCUGCUACAUCCUGUUAUACUGUCAUCAUGUCCCCUGCUACAUCCUGUUGUACUGUCAUCAUGUCCCCUGCUUCCUCCUGUUAUACUGUCAUCAUGUCCCCUGCUACAUCCUGUUAUACUGUCAUCAUGUCCCCUGCUACAUCCUGUUGUACUGUCAUCAUGUCCCCUGUUACAUCCUGUUAUACCAAGGCUGUGUCCCAAAUGGCACCCUGUUCCCUAUGUAGUGAAGGAGCUCAGCCCUACGCCCCACCCUGUUCCCUAUGUAGUGAAGGAGCUCAGCCCUACGCCCCACCCUGUUCCCUAUGUAGUGAAGGAGCUCAGCCCUACGCCCCACACCUGUUCCCUAUGUAGUGAAGGAGCUCAGCCCUACGCCCCACCCUGUUCCCUAUGUAGUGAAGGAGCUCAGCCCUACGCCCCACCCUGUUCCCUAUGUAGUGAAGGAGCUCAGCCCUACGCCCCACCCUGUUCCCUAUGUAGUGAAGGAGUUCAGCCCUACGCCCACCCUGUUCCCUAUGUAGUGAAGGAGCUCAGCCCUACGCCCCACCCUGUUCCCUAUGUAGUGAAGGAGCUCAGCCCUACGCCCCACCCUGUUCCCUAUGUAGUGAAGGAGCUCAGCCCUACGCCCCACCCUGUUCCCUAUGUAGUGAAGGAGCUCAGCCCUACGCCCCACCCUGUUCCCUAUGUAGUGAAGGAGCUCAGCCCUACGCCCCACCCUGUUCCCUAUGUAGUGAAGGAGCUCAGCCCUACGCCCCACCCUGUUCCUAUGUAGUGAAGGAGCUCAGCCCUACGCCCCACCUGUUCCCUAUGUAGUGAAGGAGCUCAGCCCUACGCCCCACCCUGUUCCCUAUGUAGUGAAGGAGCUCAGCCCUACGCCCCACCCUGUUCCCUAUGUAGUGAAGGAGCUCAGCCCUACGCCCCACCCUGUUCCCUAUGUAGUGAAGGAGCUCAGCCCUACGCCCCACCCUGAUCCCUAUGUAGUGAAGGAGCUCAGCCCUACGCCCCAUCCUGUUCCCUAUGUAGUGAAGGAGCUCAGCCCUACGCCCCACCCUGUUCCCUAUGUAGUGAAGGAGCUCAGCCCUACGCCCCACCCGUUCCCUAUGUAGUGAAGGAGCUCAGCCCUACGCCCCACCCUUUCCUAGAGUAAAAGGAAACCCUACGACCCACACUCAUUUACUACUAGAUGAAUAAGAACACGUACUGGAAAUAAAUCAUGUUCAAUUAAUAUCUGCGAGUCCCUAACCCGAUAUAGAUAUCAGACUCUGUUCUCUCUACAAAUGCUCUCACGCUCUAUAUCUCUCCUCUCUCUCUCUCUCUCUCUCUCUCUCCCCUCUCUCUCUCUUCCCCUCCCUCUCCUUCUAGACUUCCAGUCAUGUCUGAUCUGUGUGGCACGCAGGAUGCCUGUGAAGGAGCGGCCAAUUCUGCCCACGCACGAGAGCUUCACCACCCGCCAGGACCUGCAAGGUAACCAAUCACAGCACUAAAAUCAUACCACCAGACCAGACAUUAACCAAUCACAUCCACUGAAUCAUACCACCAGGCUGCCAUUAACACAGCUAGAAUAAUGACCAAUGCUGUCCACCAGACGGAUCUUAACCAAUCGGAAAACAAUCUAUAAAUGACCAGACAUACCCUAACCAAUCACACAGCCAGACUGGAAUGACCAGACAGAUUGUAACCAAUCACAUUAGUCUUUAAAUGAGGUUGCCAGUGACAAACGAACUUUUCUCAGGUUGUCACUGUCAAGAGAGAACCAUGUUAGAGAGCUGUCUGUAUGGCACCCCAAAAAACCCUUGUAAAUACCCAACCAGUGUCCCAGGUGUAGUGCUGUCCUGGUACCAGUGCCUGCGUGUUGAGGUGAUGCCUCUUUAGUCUGAGCUGUCACUCACCCUGCAGUCUCCCUGACAGCUCUUUAAACACACCACUGCUUCCGCCUGGAUCCAUUUAUACUGCACACACUGACAGGGAGUAUGACCGCGCAGCGUGUGUGAACGACAGAGAGGAGGUCUAUGAGUGCGUGAAAAGAGAUGGACAGUGGGGUGUGUGUGUGUGUGAGAAUGUGUGCGCUUGGGUGCCAUGUAAGCUCAAUAACCGCACCUCAUGCUUGUGAGCGUUUGUGAUCAGCAGCCUGGCUCUCUGAAUCCGCUGUGUUUUCCGUAGGGAAGAUCACGUCGUUAGACACCAGUCUUCUGAGAGCCUCUAUGAAGCCUGGCUGGGAGGACCUGGUGAGGACAAGCAUCCAAAGGUUUCACCUACAGAACGACGGAGAGAUGUCCUUCGCCAAGAGACACCAGCAAGAGGGUGAGACUACCUGUUGAUCUCAUGGAUGGUCAGCCCUUGCAUCCAAAGCUCCGUCCAUGAAUUUGAGUGGUUACACUUCUCAUCCCCGUCCCUCAGCUGUUUACCAAAAAAAUGUGACUGGGUGACCGCUUUGUUGUUGUUUUGAAUCCCAGAUUGCCUCUUUAACUCUCCCUCCCCCUGUGCGUCUCCCUCCAGUGUUGUAUCACGGCCAGGCAUUCAGCCCCAUCUACAGGUUCACUCUGUCAGACGGGACCAUCGUGUCGGCUCACACCAAGAGCAAG